UGAUCCAAGAUAGACUAUCAUAAAUGGAACACCAUACAACUUCUCUUCCUCAGUGCGACACUGCGCUGUCUAGUUUCCCUUUCAAUUCCACUACACUCCUACCUCUCUCCCACUCUUACUCCGCCCUUCAAUGGCGACUGCCCUUAAAACGCCACUGUUUAGGGCGUCACUCAAGCCUCGACUGCUUACCACAGCCGCCACCAACAAUAUUUCCUUAAAUUCUUCCCUUCUCUCUUGUCUUCCAUUUAAACAUAGAAGCAUUAGCGCCAAACUUUCUCCCACAAAUUUUCCCCAGUUCGCCGCCAAAUCUUCUCCCCGGUUGGUAAAGUUCGUUCCUUUCUGUUCUCAAGCAGAAACCAAAACCACCGAGUCUCAAGAGAUUCAGGAACCAGAAAUACAGGCAUCACCCUCUGCCCAUGAUUCUUCAGAUAUCGAAGUUGUUGGGGAAGACGAUGCUAGUGAUGUGGAAGAUAGUGCCAGCAGUGAAGAUGUUGCUGAUCUUGAAGAAUCACCUUCUUCAAUCAUCAUGGCUUCUCUCCAGUCAUACAAAGAAGCUUUGGCAAGUAAUGAUGAGUCCAAAAUUGCUGCAUUUGAAGCUUUUCUAAAAUCUGUUGAAGAUGAGAAAAUUGAACUUGAAAAGAAGGUUACUAGUUUGACUGAAGAACUGUUAAUAGAAAAAGAUCGUAUUCUCAGGAUUAGUGCAUACUUUGACUAUUUCCGGAAGAGCAGAGAGAGGGAAAGGCUUUCGUUGGUAACAAAUGCAAAAGGGGAAAUUGUGGAGAGCUUGUUGCCUGUUUUGGAUAAUUUUGAGAGAGCUAAAUCCGAGAUUAAAUUGGAAACUGAAGGAGAAGAGAAGAUCAAUAACAGCUAUCAGAGCAUAUACAAGCAAUUCGUACAAAUUCUAGGUUCACUUGGUGUUAUCUCUGUGGAGACGACAGGGAACCCCUUUGAUCCGUCGGCAAAGAACCGAGUUGGCUCAAAACUUAGUCAAGUACUUGGUGAUAUAAUUCGAAAGUUUGAUCAAGUUUAUUCAGGUUUUAUGAAGAAUUGGAUACGCUUUUAGCUGAAACCAGGUCAUUGAUCGAUUCAAGCCAACUUGUUGCAUGAAGCGAUUAUGCGUGAGGAUUCAACAGAAUUUGAAGUGCGUAUCAUGCUUGAGGAAUUUUGCAAGGGGUUCCAGCUUGGUGACAGGCUUUUGCGCCCAUCAAUGGUGAAAGUAUCAUCUGGUCCAGGUCCUGCAAAGCCUGAACAAGUGGGUUGUUCAUCAGGAGGAGCUGAUACUGCAAACAAAACCACCCAGGACAUCGAAGAACCAAAAACUUCUUAAGGGACAAUAUGCUCAACCUUGACAAGUUUUAUAAAGGCAUAAUCUAUAUUAAUGUGAUAUCGUUAGGAGCCUCAGAUUGUUUUUCAUGUAAUAUGAUGUUGAAACUGAAAUGUCUCUUUUUUAGGGGAGGAGACCUAAAAUGAUUGGGAGAGCAGUGUUAAAGAUUUAUGAUCAAUAAUAUUUACAGUAUCAAUCUAGGC